AUGUCGCAGACUAACGAGACCAAGACGAUCAGAACGACCGUCUAUGGGAGUACGGCCACGGCACCUCUGCUAAGGAAAGUGCAACAGGCACUGUUUCUUUCAGCAGAGUACAGCAAGGAAUUGAUGAAGCCGGACGGACAUUGGUGUGGUGAGAACAAAGGAAACGCCACGAUUACGGCGGAAUACGUCUUCUUAUUUCAAGCUCUCGGCCUGGACCUUGACCCGAAUCGACAGGCCCUCAUUUCAUGGCUUCAAUCAGUGCAAAGGAGUGACGGUUCUUGGAGCCUUGCUCCUCACUAUCCUGGUGACAUUUCUGUCACGGUGGAGGCCUAUCUUGCCUUGAAGAUUCUAGGUGUCCCAGCAGAGAGCCGAGCAAUGCGCAAAGCAAAGGGGUUUGCGCUCCGCGCCGGUGGGGUCGCGAAAGUCCGCAUAUUGACUCGCAUAACCCUGGCAAUGUUCGGUCUGCUUCCUUGGGCUGCUGUGCCAGAGAUGCCGGCCGAGCUCAUCCUGGCGCCCGCAAAUAGCCCGAUAGGAAUCUAUCGGCUGUCAUCAUGGGCACGCGCUACAGUGGUUCCGCUGCUGGUCGUCUGCCAUCACCGCCCCAUUUAUGGCCUUCCGAAUGGGAGGUCCGAUUCAAAUACCUAUCUAGAUGAGCUCUGGUGCAACCCUACAGAGAAGACUGUUCCCUACUCGGACACCCUCUGGAAUCUCUGGGCAAAGGACUGUGUCAGUUUCGUCUUCGGUGUUACUGACUGUAUUCUACACUCCUUGAAUGGACUACGUCGGCUCAAUCCGCUACGUGGUUAUGCCAUUCGUGAAUGCAUUGAUUGGAUUCUCAAGCACCAAGAAAAGCAAGGGGAUCUGGCCGGCAUUAUGCCUCCUUUGUAUGGAGCGCUUUAUGCGCUAACGCUGCAAGGAUAUGCACUGGACUCCGACCCUGUUCGCCGGGGCCUGAAAGCGAUUGAGCGUUUCGCAUUCCAUGACGAACGAGGCAGGAGAAUCCAAACUACGGUUUCUCCGGUCUGGGACACCAUCUGGAUGAGCGUGAGCCUCAUGGACGCUGGCAUGGCGCCAGACAGUCCGUGGAUUCAGCGCGCCAUGCAAUGGUUGCGGAACAGGCAAAACCUGACCCAACCUGGAGACUGGCAGGUCUAUAAUCCGCGCCUUGAACCGGGGGCGUUUAGCUUUGAGUAUUUUAAUACCUGGUAUCCGGACCUCGACGACACGGCCGUCGCCGUCAUUGCGAUGAUCCGGCAGGACACUCGGCUAAGCCAUUUGCCGUCAAUAACGCGCGCACUCAACUGGCUUGUCGGAAUGCAAAACUCAGAUGGUGGUUUCGGUGCAUUCGAUAAAGGCAAUGACAAAUUAUUUCUCAACAAAUGUCCCUUCAGCGACAUGAAUGGUCUCUGUGACCCCUCCACAGCAGACAUCACAGGCCACGUCCUAGAAGCCUUCGGACAGUUCAUCGAGCUGAACCGAAAGCAGAGAUUGAAGGGAAUGGAUGCCGAACUACUUGAUCGCCUAAUGUGGGCCUCCAACCGAGCGAUCAACUACCUCUCCCGAACACAGGAGCCUUCUGGUGCCUGGUACGGGCGCUGGGGCUGCAACUACAUCUACGGGACGAGCGGGGUGCUUUGCGGACUCGCGUACUUCAUCGGAUAUAGGGAGGAGCAUGGCCAGUGGCGCGAGAGAGAUGACGGCAUCGCAGACAACGUCAGCGAUGCAAUUCAUUGGUUGAUGACCAUCCAGAAUGCGGACGGUGGGUGGGGUGAGACACUACAUUCAUAUCAGGAUCCACUACGAGCAGGCUCGGGCUCAUCAACGGCAUCUCAGACAGCCUGGGCCCUAAUGGCAUUGCUGUCAUACCUUGCGCCAUCCGCGAAUGUAAUCCAACGGGGGAUCCAGUACUUGAUCCGGACGCAGACCCAGUGCACUACGAACGGGGCGACGUGGCCCGAGAAGUAUUUCACGGGCACUGCACUCCCGGGAUACUUCUACCAGGGAUACGCUCUUUACCCCCAUUAUUUCCCAACUUUGGCUCUUGGCCGGUAUGCACAAUCUUUGGGACAACAGCCACUAAGGGAAUACAAUACACAAAGAUAG